GCGCAGCGAGGAAGAUAAUGGCAGAUCCUUCAGUGGUGGAUCACCUGACACGACUGAAACUCAAACUCCUAGAAAAGAGACUAGAAAAUGAGCAGGAGAACCUAAAGAAGAUGGACUUUUCUCUCCCAGCUGCAAGGAACAGACCCCAGGACAUUCUCCAAAGUGCCCUGAGGCAAAGGAAAGAUCUGCUGCAGGAGCUUAGGGAGCAGCACCUCCUGGAAGAGCUUUCACAGCCACCUGCAACAGAUGGGGGACACUGCCAUGACCACAGAGCUGCCCUCCCACAAAUCUACCAGAUCCCUUUUCCAGCUUCCCAAGGGGAGCCACCAAGGAUUAUCCAGCAGACAAUGCCAACUCAGCCUGCCACCAUCAUCCAGCAGCUGCCUCAGCCCUCCCCUCUGAUCACACAGAUUCCCCCAGCCCAGCCCUUUGCAGCCCCCCGCUCUGGGAGCAUUAAAGAAGAUAUGGUGGAGAUGAUGCUGAUGCAGAAUGCUCAGAUGCACCAGAUCAUGAUGCAGAACAUGAUGCUGAAGGCUCUGCCGCCAACGCUGCUCACACAGCUUGGGGGAGCCAGCUCUGGGCUCCAGCACACACAGCAGGACCUGCAGCUUGCUGCUCCCCUGGCUGUGAGAGCAGAGAGGCCCAAGGCACCUGUGGUGCACCACCACCACCAUUACCCUCCCACGGGGGUGUUCCCAGUGCCCCCAGUGCCCACAUCCACAGAGCACCACUGGACUGGCAGCUCUGCCCAGCCCACGUGUGAGGAAGUUCUUGCAUGCCAAGACUGGUGAAGAAAUGCACCUUGCUAGAGCGUGGAAGGAGGGGUAACAUGGGGACACACUGUGGCCCACAUACUGACAGUACAGGAUCCUCUGCAAGUGGACCACAGCCUUUCUAAAACCAAUAAAUCCUGCUGUUCUUCCUCA